GUGGCGCGCCUUGCAUCCUUCCUCUCCAGGGCUGGAAAACACAACAGUCUCCACGAAGAUGUUGUAGAGCGUUAUUUGACAUCAAUGAGAUAUUUGGAUAGCGGACCCCCGUAGGAUAAGGAGGCCAUGGCAAGCACUGCUCCACACACGGUCCUCGUCGUUGGCGGUGCCGGCUUCGUAGGCUACCACCUUGUCUCCCACUUCAUCGCGCACGCCACCUUCGCCGAAGUCUUCGUACUCAGUCGCAGCGCGUCUUCUAGCAAGAACCGCGUCGAAGGCGCGGCCUAUCUGUCCAGCGACAUCACAAACCUUGCUUCCAUCGAAAGGAUUCUUGACCAUGUUAAACCCGACGUCAUCAUCCACGCCGCAUCGCCAUCGCCGGUAACCGGGACCGCGAAAGAGUACCACGCUGUCAACAUCGUCGGAACCCAGAAUUUGUUGAAAUACGCGAAACAGUCGAAUUACGUGCGCGCAUUCAUCUACACGAGUAGUUCCACGCUCGCCAAAGGCGCCGUCCACAUCGAUACGGACGAGACAUGCGCGCUCGCGAACACUGACCCCAAGGCGCCGGCAUACGCGCGCUCGAAAGCAGAUGCUGAGAUCAUGGUUCUACACGCGAACUAUCCCAAAACGGCUGACGAGAAGACUUGGGCGGGCCAUUUAGCCACAGCUGCGCUUCGCUUCCCUAUCAUCUACGGCACGCGCGAUACGACCUCUAUCCCAGGGUGUCUCAACGCACUCGCUAAAGGCCAGACGACCACAACACUCGGCGACGGAAUAAAUCUCUGGUCCUUCUGCAGUGCCUCGAACUGCGCUGUCUCACAUGCGCUACUUGCUUCUGCGCUGCUCGAAACUUCUCCGAGGCCAGCCGCGAAACGAGUCGACGGAGAAGCCUUCAACAUCAAUGACGGAACUCCCUACGCUUUCUGGGGCUUUGCGCGACUGUGUUGGAAGCGCGCUGGUGGCGACCCGAGUCUAGUGUCUGAGAUGACGCAUCUACCAAGCUGGUUUGCGCUCGCGUUGGCGACAGUAUUGGAGUGGGUGUACUGGAUCUUUACGCUGGGAAUGAAGAGACCGUAUACGCUGGGGAGGCAGCAGGUGGAGUAUGCGUGCUUUGAGCAUACAUAUAGUAUCGAGAAAGUGAGGCAGCGGCUGGGUUUCGAACCGAAGGUUGAUUUUGAGGUUGAGCUGAAGAAGGCUGUGGAAUGGUGCUUGGAAGAGGGAGGGUGGAGGGCGCAGUUGAAAGGCGUGAAGGGUGUCAAGGUGGACUAAAAACACUCAUACUGCCAGGUUUCCAAUCAGUUUCCCGAUCCUUCUCGUAAGUGACUUCCACCACGACCUCCCUCGUCCUGAGCACGCUUU